UUAAAAAGUCCUGUUUUUAAGGAUAAACCUUGAAUAAAGUGAGUCCUUGGAGGGACUGGAUGAAAGGUCAAGUCGUUCUGCUCGAAAUUUAAAUUCUCUUUCCAAUAUGGCUUUGAAUCUUUCAAGAUGUUUCGCUCGACUUACUUCUAUUGGUAAGUCGUUGAAUAAAUAGAAAGUGUUAACUAGAACUCUAUAGUGCUGGGUAUUGUAUUUAAUGGCUGAUUAAUUAAGCCGAAUUUGUACUGUUGCCAAUGUUUUAUACUGACAAUAGGCAAUUAAAUAUCUAGAGACGUAAGUGUAAAGUGUGUACAAGUGUGAAUGUAUGAGCAUUGUAAUUUGUUAGUAGCACAGAAUAAAUACUAACAUGAUUUGCAAUGAUUCAUUGUCAAAAUGCACUUGCCAUGUUCCUAGCCAAUGCACUUAGAAGAGGCCAUGACCCCCCUGAAUAUCUGCUGUUUUUAAAUAUUUUCAGGGGGGUGAAUGCCAGUGGAGUACUGGAAAAGAUUUAAAAUUUCAGAAUUUAAUUUCAUAUCCGUUUGUGUUAGAAAUGAAAUCAGAAAACCACUUCCCUUUCAGGCUCUCUUCCGGGCCGUGUUUCCAACUCUGCAGUCAGAACCACGUCUCUUUGCAUGCAUCGUGCGAAUCUGUCAACAGAAACUCCUUCCUUUGUGAAUAUUAUAAAAGAGAAUGGCUAUAGUGUUGUUGAAAUGAACAGAAAGCCAGUGAACUCUAUUAGCCUGGAAAUGUUCACGGAACUUGCAAAUGUUAUCGAUGGUCUUGAGGCUGAUCCUGCUUGUCAGGGAAUGAUUCUGACUUCUGUAAGUAACCUUAAUUCAAGUAAUGCUAAACUUAACCCAUUGAACAAGUAAAAUCGUCUGGCUGUAGACAGAAUUAAUUUAAAUGAAAUAAAACUGCCAUCCGUUUGCUGCAUUUGUACAGACACAGACAAUUUAUCAGACAAACUUUCAUUUCUUUGCCUAAAUAUUUCCAGGCGCUUCCUAAGAUUUUCUCUGCUGGAUUGGAUAUCACUGAAUUUAUGAAAGGAGAUGAAGGAAGAUUGAAACAGUUCUGGGAAUCAUUUCAAAACAUUUGGUUAAAACUUUAUGAUUCAAGAUUAGCCACUGUUGCCGCUGUUAAUGUAUGUAUUUGCAAUAGGCCUAAUCGGCUGUUUUUGCCCAUUGCAAACAAAUUCAUAUUUUCAAUCUUGCAGACAAGUUUACGGACUAUUUUUUCCACAGGGAGCAGCACCGGCUGGUGGAUGUCUGCUAGCUAUAUCAUGUGAUUACAGAAUCAUGGCAGAGGGAGCCACCAUUGGUCCAAAUGAAACACAGCUGGUAUGUAAUACUUGAUUAGUAAGCAUACAGAAGUUAAAUUUAUGUUUUCUUAAUAUCCAGUUUCCGCUUUCUGUUUAGGGAAUUGUUGCUCCAAAUUGGUAAGUACCUUGCAUGUAAAAUUUAAGCUAUAGUUAGUGUAAUUUAUUCCAGUGAUUAAUGCAAUGUACUUGAGCUGAUACAAACUGAGUUAGGGCUGAAUAUAAAUCCUAGAAAUAUAUUGUAAAACACAGCUUCCCUUGUUUUACAAUUAUGAUGUCAUAGAGCCCCCCACAAUGCCCCGCAGAACAGAACCUCUUGGCAGCCCAAAACUCAGUAUGUACCAACUUAAUCAUCAAAAUGAUCAAAGUACAUAAAGUACAAGUAAAAAGUACAAAUAACCAGUUAGACAACAAGUAGUACAUCAAGUAGCCUGGUUAACUCAUUCAACACUCAAUUAAACUAAACUUGAUGAACUACAUAUUUUCUCAUAGGUUCAAAGACACUCUAGUCAACACUGUUGGUCAUCGUCAAUCUGAACAUUUACUGUGUCUGGGGAAAAUGCUGAGCAGUGCUGACGCCGGCGACAUAGGUCUGGUUGACCAUGUGGUGGAGAAGAGUAAUUUAAUGGCAGAAGCUAAGGAUGAAAUUCAGAAAUGGUUGGCUAUAUCAGGUACUAAAUUUAUACUUUGUGCUUUUAUAGAGUGGGACAAUAGUAAAUUAGUAACUACAUGUGAGCAAGUCGGAAUCUAAAGUUGAGAUUCUGUAAUUGUACUAGAUUACCUCUAUCACUCUUCAGACAGAUCCAUAUGAGCCCUGGUAAUUGAUAAACUUACUUCAGUGAGAUCUGCAUUGCCUUUUGUCAACGCAUAUAAAAUUCAAUUUGUGUAUCCUUCAAAUGCCAAAACUCCCUUUUCAAUUGCCAGAACUCCUUUUCAAAUGCAAAAACUCAGUUUUCAAAUGCCGGAACUCCAUUUUCCAAUGCCAAAACUCCAUUUUCAAAUGCCAAAACUCCAUUUUCAAAUGCCAGAACUCCUUUUUCCAACUGCCAGAACUCCCUUUUAAAUGCCAAAACUGAAUUUCCAAAUGCCAGAACUCCUUUUUCAACUGCCAGAACUCCCUUUCAAAUGCCAAAACUGAAUUUUCAAAUGCCAGAACUCCUUUUUCAACUGCCAGAACUCCCUUUCAAAUGCCAAAACUGAAUUUUCAAAUGCCAAAACUCAGUUUUCAAAUGCCAAAACUCAGUUUUCAAAUGCCAGAACUCAGUCUUCAAAUGCCAAAACUCAGUUUUCAAAUGCCAGAACUACAUUUUCAAAUGCCAAAACUGACUUAACAAAAAAACAGUCAUCAACGAUCGCAGAGCUGACGUAUGUACUAGCCGCAUACUGUGUCACAAUCACUCUAACUUCUUCAUUUCUAGGCGAGGCGAGGAGCGCGACUAAAUUGGGGCUAAGAGGUCCAACUUUGAAAAAACUACUUGACGCAAGACAGAAAGAUACUAAAUCGUUUAUGGACUUUACUCGCAAAGAUUCCACGCAAAAAAUGCUCGCAUUUUAUAUGAAAAAACUGGCCGAGAAAUCAAAGUCGAAUUAGAUGUAGUAUUCACAUCUUGACAAUGAAUAUUUUAUAUUUUACACAAGUUUGAUCUUAGAUAUGAUAUUGUUAUGGUAAUACAUUGAUGAAAUAUGUAUGCGCUGUGAAUUGGCGAGUUUCUUGAGGCUGCUCUGACCUUAAGCUUUUUCGCAUUCAAGCCUACAAUAAGGGUUUCGUUUUUUUAUCAUCAAUGAUUAAUGCGCAAAGACCAUAAAAUAUACACAGGAAAAAUUUAAUUUCCAUUUAUAGGUUUUUGAAUGGUUUUUAAAGAUUUACCAUGAAUUCUUACCAUUGGUUAUUAUCAGUGGUUAUCAUAGAUUUCCCAUAUGUAAAUUAGUAAAAAUCAUGAUGUUUAAUAUUCACCAUUCUAUUUUUCCUGUGCACAGGAAAAAAUACCAUCAAUGGUAAAUAUUAAUAUCAUGGUUUUUACUAGUUUACCGUAUGGGAAAUCUGUAAUAACCACUGAUAAUAACCACUGAUAAUAACCAAUAGUGGUAAGUAAGGCCCUGGGCAAACUAGGAAACAUUGUUGUGGAAACAUUUGUGAUUCUCGAUGUUUCCUCAAAUGUUUCCAUGUUUGCCCACCCGUGGAAACAUUGUUGCGGAAACAAAAUUUGCUUCCCGCGGGAAGCAAAAAUGUUUCCUAGCGAAUUCAGAAAUAUUUGAUGUUUCUCACUAAUGUUUCCUAGUGUUUGCCCACUCUUGGAAACAUGGCGAAACAUUGGAAGGAAACAAUGUUUCCUAGUUUGCUCAGGGCUUAAGAGUUUUUACAUUCAAAAACUCAAUGGAAGUUCAAUUUUUUGCCCGUGAUAAGCGGGCAAGAUAAUUUACAUAUUAGCACAGCACAGUUCAUGCAUAUACAGUAUGUCUUAUAUAACACAUUUAUGUAAUAGGUUCACUAGUAGAACUACAUUCUUCCGUCCUAUUUCCAUCCCUUGUAUCAUUAUUAAUGUCAACUUCGAUCUCUCUCGUUUCCUGUUUCUGAUCACACUUGAAGCGAUGGCUGCGACAGUUCAAAUGUUCUGUAAAUGUCUUUUCACGACAACAAGCACGACAUAACAUGUAUGCACACUUUCGUCCCU